UAUAGCCUAUUAUAGUAGCAACUUGCAACAUAUUAUUCUGAAAUGUGCCUAAAUUUGAAGGUUCACAGCAGCCUUUCUUGAUUAAUUUUGGCUAUAUGUAUUCCGCUUAGAACAUCAAAAAUUCGAAGCAGAAAAAAAUAAUCAUCAGUGGUGAGAAAUGUCGAACGAGAAGGGUGAUGAUAUUGAGGCAGCUCUCUUGUAUCCGUCUAUGGAAGAAAACCCACAGCUGCGAUGGGCGUUUAUUCGGAAAGUUUACGCAAUCCUCACCGUUCAACUCAUUGCCACAAUCGUUGUCGCGGCCUUUGUCGCUGACCACCAAUCCAUUGCUCUUUUCUUUGGAACCACUUGGGCUGGCUGGGCUGUUUAUGCAGCCAUCUUAAUAGCUGUUAUCAUGGUAAUAUGUUUGGUCUCUGCUCUCAAAGACAAGCAUCCCAUCAACUUCAUUUUGCUUGGCAUAUUUACACUCUUUAUGGGGCUAUUUGUUGGCCUUGCAGUUUCAUUCAUUAGUGCAUUGGUAGUAUUAGAGGCAGCGGCCGCGACACUGGCCGUGGUGGUAUGUCUGACGUUGUACACAUUUUGGGCGGCGAAGAGAGGUGAAGACUUCAGCUUCCUCAUUCCCUUCGUGAUUACCAUUGUCAUCACUCUCGUCCUGCUUGUCAUAUUCCAGAUCUUUUUCCCAUUGGGAAAAAUCUCAACAAUGUUAUACAAUGGGCUUUUCAUACUCCUCCUUUGUGCCUACAUCAUAGUCGAUACGGAUACUUUGAUCAAACGCAACACCUACGACCAAUACAUUUGGGCUUCGAUUACACUAUACUUGGACGUCCUCAACAUUUUCUUGAGAUUCUUACGAUCAUUUAAAUCUGCUAAUCGUUAAUAGAGAAAUUGAUUGUAUCUGCAUUGUUUCUAGUUUGAUAUGUUGCACUGUUUUUCUUUUAGAUCAUUGCUUGUUUGUAAGUUUUACAUUUAAUUAACUCAUUUUACUCAUAUUUUAUUAUAAAAUUAA